AAUAUGUGGGUCCUCGUACUCACGCUGGACACUGGGGCCGCUUGAUCACUGGGUCCGUCCUGUCCUCGUGACCUCAAUUUGCCUUUGGCCUGCCGCGGCCCGGCCCCCAUCAAAAGUCAUCAUCUCUUUCCCUACCAUGCAACCACCUCUGCCACAGGAACUUAUCGACGAGAUUAUCGAUCGUAUGCAGGAUAAUAUCCUAGCCCUGAGAGAAUGUUCUCUGGUGGCUCGUUCGUUCCUGCCUUCCAGUCGCAAGCACCUUUACUCCCACGUCAUAAUCUUCCAAUCUGGCAUUGACGCGCCGUUGCCUAACUGCUUUGUUGGUAGCAAGUUUACAUGCCAAUCGUUGUACAACCUCCUUCGGGAAGACUUCUUCCCCGUUGCCCCCCUUGUCAAGUUCCUUAGCAUACAGGAUGGCCUAGAGGGCACUCCAGGCUAUCUAGUUCAUAGGGAGAAAGUUAGAUUCCCCUUCAUUCUUAAUUUACUCCGAAAUCUGCAACGUGUAUCUAUUUCCAGUCAUCGGGGCUCCUUAUCUUGGGAUGCGAACGAAACUCCUCUCACAUCUUUCCUCGAGACGUUUCGAUCGCCGUCACUGACGUCUCUUGAUCUCGAUAAUCUCACUUUCUCCAGUUUUGAAGGCAUUGCGCGUAUUUUAUAUGAAUGCAGCCCCACUGUCAGGCAUUUAUCGCUCAACUACAUCACGAUAUUCUCGAGGGACAUAAAUAUCGAAAGGCUCCGGGCCAAAUACGAUGGCCGUCAUCUCUGUCUUGAGUCGCUUCGACUCGUUGAAGAUGACCUAGGUCUCAUAUCCAGAUUCAUACUGCACGAGUUCUCUCCAUUGAGGAUAGACUGCCUCCGCGAGCUUUCUAUCACCUCAAACCGUCAUAAUUCCCUCGCACGGCUCGUAGCGAGCACCCGUGAUACACUCGAGCAUCUCGAUUUUUUCGUGAACCACAACGGUAAUGCACCAGAUCCCCCACAUCUAUCUAAUCUAAUCCGCUAACGCCUUGAAACAAGGGGACAUCGCCGCGCCCUUGUGCAUGGACGACCACAGGCGCCUCAAAUCCGUAUAUAUAAGUAUCGGCCACCAAGUUACGAACCUGGCCUGGAUAGGCUCCAUCCCGCUCAAUCCCACGAUCGAAACGCUCACGCUCGAACUGGUCAGCCCCGAUGUGUCUGAGAAGGCGUUGCUAUGGGCUCAGCUGGACGCCCGUA